UCGUUAUUUUUGGUGGAUCAUCGUCCGAAUGGACUGAGGCAUUAGCGGAAAUGGGACAUUCUUUCUUUCCCUCGCUUCUGGGCGACAAAAGCGGCCAACCUUCCCCUGCAAUGACGUUGACCGUUGGCCUCUCCCCAACUCUCCCACCAGACGGGGAAAUUUAUGCGUGCGAGAAGCAGCAGCAGAACCGCAACAAGAAGACGAACAAGACAAAGAAAACGAACAGGAGACGGACUCUCGUUUCUUUGCGAUGGCACACGAGGAACAACCAAAGCAGAUCGACCACAAGUUGCGAGACUCAGCGGAGUCUGGCAUGGGGCGGGAAUGCGAGGAAUGGGUGGCAGUGGUCCGCCGGCGCAGCGGCAAGUGUCUGUCCUCGGGUAACCUUCGUGGAUUGUCUACGCUCGAAGCUCUCCCGCCCGAGUUUCCAGUCUCGACUUCAUCCCCUGGCUGCAGGGCAGAAGUAUCAGAUUCAGACAAACCUAACAAUUCUGCAACAAGAUCGCAGCCUCCAGGCCUUGUUCCAGAAAUUAGUUUGCGGGAUCAGCUUGGAAAUGCUGCUACUUUAGAUGUUGGAGCAAGUGACAUCUCCUGGGAUACUCUAUACUCCCUACACCACACAAAACACACAAGCAGUAACGAAUAUUCUGAAGAUGAACUGAACAAAGCUUUGGAGGUGACAGUAAAUUCUGGAGGUGUAGUCUUCUUUGCUCUGUUUAACACAUGGAACGACGAUGAUCUUUCACCAAAACACACUGCUGCAGUCAUUAAAAUUGCACCCUCAAGAAUGGCAACACAAUCAGAACGCCUGGGUUAUGAAUUUGCAAAGUUGCUUGGAGUCAGGACGCCUCAAGCGAGAGUGAUCCACAACUCCAGCACAGAAUGGCAAAUGAUCAAGGAUGCUGCAGAAAACGCACGUGAUAUGGCAGUUGCUAGCGGAGAUGAAGUGGGUGAGGUUACAUGCUCAGAGUUGUUAGAAGCACUUGAGUUGAGUCGGUGCCUUUUCCUUAUGAAUUAUGUUCAUGGCUCACCUCUGGCGGAAAAUCCAAAUGCAUUUGAUUCGAGAGAAGCUGCUGAAAAUACUGCUGAAGCACUUGGCAGGGUCUUCGUCUUGGACCUUAUACUUCGUAAUGAGGAUAGACUUCCCUGUCCUCAACUUGGGUGGCGUGGGAAUCAAGCUAACCUCUUGUUUUCGAAUAAAAUGACCUCUUCAAACAUGGAUGCACUUGAUGAAGCUUAUGAUUCUGCCAUUACAAGAUACAAACCGCGGAUAGUGAAAAGUUUUAGAAAAGAGGAGAAAGGGAGACGAGCAAUCUCUGUGAAUGGCAGACUAGAUUCUUAUGGUCCUCAGCUUACAGCUGAGGGCUCUGAUGGUUGCAUCACAUUCACUACCAGAUCCACAUUUAAUCAAGGAUCAGAAUGUGGAAAAAGUUCAGAUUUUUGUAUUGUGGCCAUUGACUCAGGGGUUCCUCGCAGACCUCCUGCAGGAAAACGGGCAAGAGAUCAAGAAAGUUACCCUAAGGUGGUUGAGCUUAUAAUCAAUAACUUGGAGUUCUCUUCUAAUCUACUCUACGAAGUGUCUUUUGGAAAGCUGGGAAUUCCUGGACCUGAGCACACUGAUGCACCAGGUGAUUCUUGUUCUUGUUUGUCUGAAUCUGAUAUGGUAACUAUCGUUCAUGCAUUCAGAGCAGGAUUUCGUAGUGCUCUUAGGGACCUGCAAGGUUUCCAUAUAUUUCUUCUGACAUUGUACCAGAAACUAGAGGCUAUCUUACGGAUGUUUCUGUCCAUUAUAAGUAAAAGUUUUAGUGAGUCAGACAAGGAUGAUUCUGGGGCUUCUGAGUCACCAUUACAAUAUGCCUGGUGCAACUUCAACUCCCAAUUCCCGGCAUGCAAGGAACGUGGUGUACAUGAGACACAUGCAGAUUCUAGUGAUUCCGAAUCUCGGAGAUGUUUGCACAAAUCUUUAGGGUCUCGAGAAAGCCUUGACAUAUCUCCUGGUUCUCGAGAGAACUGGAAUUGUAGGUACUUCAAAGGAAGUGGAGAAACUCCUCGCCUGCGGUUGACAAUGAAGCUUCGUGACUUUAACAAGUUGACUAAGGUAGAUGCUGAGUUGAGCAAGGAAUUGGAACAGUGGAAUGAAAUGCUUAGAACAGAUGUGGUGAAACUGUGUGAAGAGAACAAUUUUAUUACAGGCUUUUUUGAGGGGAAUGAUAACAACAUCGCUGUUGAUGCUUAUGAAUUGAAGGUCCGACUCGAGCACAUUCUUGAGAGAAUAUCACUUAUCUCUGAUGCAGCCAGUACAGAGCGGCCCUCUCCUAUUACAGAUUAUCUCUAUAUUGGUGGAGCACUGGCUGCAAAAUCUAUGUACACCCUUCAGCACCUGGGUAUCACUCAUAUAUUGUGCUUGUGUGCAAAUGAAAUCGGGCAAUCAGAUUCUCAAAAUCCUUACCUCUUUGAGUACCAAAACUUCUCCAUAAGUGAUAGUGAUGAUGAAGAUAUCAGCAACCUCUUUGAUGAGGCUUCUGAUUUCAUUGAUUAUGUUGAACACUCGGGAGGGAAAAUAUUGGUCCAUUGUUUCGAAGGAAAAAGUCGGAGUGCGACUGUGGUACUUGCAUAUCUAAUGCUGCGAAAGGGCCUCACUCUAUCAGAAGCGUGGAGUAUGCUCAGGAAGGUGCAUCGCCGAGCCCAGCCAAACGAUGGCUUCGCUAAGACUCUUCUGGAUCUUGACAUGCAACUGCAUGGGAAGGCAUCAAUGGAAUGGCAGCAACGGAAGCCGAUGAUGAAGGUUUGCCCCAUCUGUGGGAAGGAUGCAGGUCUAAGCAGCAGCUCACUCAAACUCCAUCUCCAGAAGUCUCACAGAAGGUUGUCUUCUGGCAGUGUGGACAGCGCCAUGAGUUUGGAGAUUCAAAAGGCUUUGGAGGUACUAAAGGUCAGCCGUUGCAGCAGUAUCAGCUCAACUCAUCAGCAGUCCCAAUCGCUCAUCGAUGAAUUGUCUCUUUGAUGCCAUUGUCUCAUGCAUGUCCGCGAGGUAAUUCAGACUAUUUCUUUGCUUCAGAGUUUGGCUUUACGCCGUGUGACAACAAUAAGCUGCCUGUGAAAAAGAUGAUCGGGUGUGCAAUAGAUCAGCUGAGGCCAAAAGUUUGACGUACGUCUGAGACUUUAUGUUGUAUGUUUCUGUGGAUUGAAGUCCAGGUGUGCGUGCCAAACAUGCUAGAUUCUGGAAUACUACA